GUUAUCAAAAAACCCAUUUUAGGGCUCUUGGGAUCACGAUCACGAAAUGCUGCUCCUCCAUCCUUCGCAUUGCGGAUCCCUGCUACCGGUAAGCAAUUCUUCUCUCAAAUCCUUGCGGCAGCAUCGAUUCCUAGGCUCGCAUGCGCGCGUGGUGUUUGCCACUGCCCGGGCAUCGUAUGCUGCAAAUUCUCCCCCUCCAGCUGCGGAGGAUCCCUCCAAAGCUGAGAAGCUUGCUCAGGUCUCUAAACGCUUGGAAGUGACUGGAAGAUACUUUAAGAGGCUGGGUAAUCUGGGAUUUUGGUCCCAGCUUGCCUGCAUUGUAGUCUCGGCCGGGAUUACUGCCUUCUCGGUUUUGAUCACUGGCAACGCCACCUCUCCCACGACGUUCUACUUGACUGUUGCUGGGAUUGCUGCUGGAUUUGUCUCCGUGUUUUGGUCCUUUGGAUUCAUCCGGCUUGGCACCAAGCUGCAAAGUGUGGAUCCCGAGCAGGCACCUCCUCGCAUCGAAGUAGUCGAGAACAUCAAGAACGGUGUUGGCAUCAACCUGUUUGGAAUGGGAGCGACAAUUCUGGGAAUGCAGGCCACCGUCGGUGUUCUUGUCGCAAAAGCUCUAACGAGCUCGGCAGCACCGGUGCUUCAAAGACCAUCUCCGAGCUACAGUCCAGUGCUAGCGCUCGAUGUCUUUCUCGUGCAGGCUUCAGCAAAUGCGUUACUGUCGCACUUCUUGGGUUUGCUUUUCUCUCUAGAGCUUCUCCGAUCGGUCACUUUGUCGCAGAAUGCUCCUCCGCCAAAGCCUGCGUAAUAUGAUUGUGGUAGAAAAGUUGAUAGCCAGAUCUGGACUGGUUAAUGGUAUUUGCAUGUUUUUUCUUUCGUCGAAGACUAAGUGGUGAAUCUUACA